AAUUAUAUAUAAGAAAAAAAGUGCAAAGUGUUUUAGAUUGUUAAUUGAAAAAAAAAACAACAAGCAAAUGAAGAUCAAAAACUAAAACAGUUGCAGCAUUUUUAACUAAAUAUAAUUUGAGUUAAAAAUUGGUUUUUAAUUAAAACCAACCAACCGAACGGGUAUUGGAAUGAAAAAUCCGUUACAGAUUGCCACCAAGAUCAACUAUCAUCAAUAACUGCCCUCAUAGAAGGAAUAUUGAAUUAAUUUUUCUCUGAGUGUAUAACAAACUAGAAUUACAUCUUUAAAAUCGUUGCGUCGUUACACAUCUAUCCAGAAAAUUAUGGUAAAUAGCGAAAAAUCACCUCCACCAACAACUAAACGACGAAAUAAUUUAAACAAGACGACAGAAGUCACAACUGCGUUAUCAUCAACAUCUUCAUCAUCAUCGUCAUCAGGAACGAGUCGAAUCAACACCACCUGCUCCCACACCGCGAAAAUGUCUACCCGCCAAAAUUAUGUGUUCUUAGGUUUAACCAUAUUGUUAACAGUCAUAGCCAUGGUCCAAUCGGCACCAGUAUCAACAACCACACAAGCUGAGAUAUAUUUAUCACAAUUUGGCUAUUUACCCGCCUCAGCACGCAAUCCCGCCAAUGGUGGUCUUUUGGAUGCCAGCACAUGGAUCAAAGCAGUACAAGAUUUUCAAAGUUUUGCCGGUCUAAAUGUCACCGGUGAAUUGGAUGACGAGACUAUGCAGCUAAUGUCAAAGCCACGAUGUGGCGUGCGUGACAAAGUGGGCUAUGGCACCGAUAGUCGUUCGAAACGUUAUGCCCUGCAAGGUAGCCGCUGGCGUGUUAAGGCUUUGACCUAUAAAAUCUCCAAAUAUCCUAAGCGAUUGAAGCGCUCCGAUGUUGAUACUGAAGUGGCCAAGGCUUUUAGUGUAUGGAGUGAAUUUACGGAUUUGACCUUUACUGCUAAAGCGUCGGGACCAGUUCAUAUUGAAAUUAAAUUUGUUGAGAGUGAACAUGGUGAUGGCGAUGCUUUCGAUGGCGUAGGCGGUACUUUGGCUCAUGCCUUCUUCCCCGUUUUUGGCGGUGAUGCCCAUUUCGAUGAUGCUGAGUUAUGGACUGUCAACAGCCCUCGAGGCACCAAUCUCUUCCAAGUAGCAGCUCAUGAAUUUGGCCACUCACUAGGUUUGUCCCACUCCGAUGUGCGUUCAGCGCUUAUGGCUCCCUUCUAUCGUGGCUAUGAACCUGUCUUCAAAUUGGACACCGAUGAUGUUUUGGCCAUUCAGGCUUUGUAUGGCAAAAAGUCCACACAAUCCGGCAAUGGUUUGAAUCCCACCAGCGGCGGCGCCUCACCACGUACUACAACUCGACCUGCCUUUGCACCACCUAGAGCACCUCGUGAUGAUAUGAUUUGCAAGGAUCCCAAGAUUGAUGCCCUAUUCAAUUCGGCUGAGGGUCAGACAUAUGCCCUGAAGGGUAACAAAUACUACCGACUGACAGAGAACUCAGUGGCUGAGGGUUAUCCCAAAUUGAUUUCAGAAGGAUGGCCAGGAUUACCCGGCGAUAUCGAUGCCGCUUUUACUUAUAAAAAUGGCAAGACCUACUUCUUCAAGGGUACCAAAUAUUGGCGCUACAAUGGCCGUCAAAUGGAUGGUGACUAUCCUAAGGAGAUUAGUGAAGGCUUCACCGGCAUACCCGAUCAUCUGGAUGCUGCCAUGGUAUGGGGAGGAAAUGGCAAAAUCUAUUUCUACAAGGGCAGCAAAUUCUGGCGUUUCGAUCCUUUGAAACGACCUCCAGUGAAGUCUAGCUAUCCUAAACCCAUUUCAAAUUGGGAAGGCUUACCAAAUAGCAUAGAUGCGGCGCUGCAGUACACAAAUGGUUAUACGUACUUCUUCAAGGGUGAUAAGUACUAUCGAUUUAACGAUAGAACAUUCGCAGUUGAUGCUGCAGAUCCACCAUUCCCCCGCCCCUCUGGCCAUUGGUGGUUUGGCUGUAAAAAUACGCCCUCAACAACAGGCGUACGUAAACGUGGAUAAAUAUACUGUCACACAAAACUCGAAUCACAUAUAAAAACAAAGAACAAGUAUUUAUAAAAUAAAAGAAAAACUAAAUUUACUAUUUAACAAAACACAUGACACAACAUUUCAAACACAACCAACAAACAAACAAAACACUAAACAAACCUUAUUUAUUAGUAAAAAUGUUGACAAACCUAGACUGACAGAUUGUGUUUUUUUUUUGUAGAAAAUGCUUCGUAAUUCAGUGUGUUUGUUUUCCUAUUCUCAGUAUUGUGGCAUCAAUGUUGUUUUAUAUGCUGUAUUCAUUUCUUUCAUAUACAUGGAUGUGUGUGAGUUUGUUUUUUGCAAAAGAAAGUGGUAUUUUGAUUGUUGUACAACUCUUAUACUAGUCUUAUACAGUUCUUAAAUGAUUCCAAAUUUCUUUGUAGAAUGAUCUAGUGCACAUGUUUAUAUUUGGUCUUAUACCACUCUUAUACUACACAAAAUAUUUAUUAAAUCGAAAAUGUCGACUACUGAAAUGCAUUUAUCAUCAAAUCUCCUUAAGUUAAAAUACUUACAUGAAGCAACCACCUGCUUCCAAAAAUUCGGUAUUUUUAUUGUUGUACAACUUGUAUGCAACUAUUAUGCGUUUCUUCUACUACUCUUAUAGAGCUUGACAUAUUUUCGAAUUUCUUUAUAGAAUGAUCUUUUGCACAUCUUUAUAUUUGGAACAAGUUGUGUGUUUUAUACCACUGUUAUACUACAUCAAAUUUAAACAAAAUCGAAAAUAUUGUGUAAUGAAAGGCGUUUGUCUUCAAAUCUCCUUAAGAUAAACUACUUACAUAAUGCAACCACCUGCUUCAAAAAAUUCGGUAUUUUUAUUGUUGUGCAACUCUUAUGCGUCUCUUCUACUACACUUCUACAGCUUGACAUGUUUUCAAACUUCUUAGUAGAAUGAUCUAGUGUACAUUUCUAUAGCUGGAACUUGUUGUGUGUCUUAUACCACUCUUAUACUACACAAAAUUUAACCAUAUCGAAAAUUUUGACUAAUUGAAAUGCGUUUAUCUUCAAAUCUCUUUAAGAUAAAAUAUGUAAGAUGCAACCACCUACUUAAAAAAAAUUCUGUAUUUUUAUUGUUGUGCAACUCUUAUACAACUCUUAUACUUCUCUUAUACUACACUUAGACAGCUUGAAAUGUUUUGAAAUGUCUUUGAAGAAUCAUCUAGUAUACAUCGUUAUAUUUGGAACAUAUUGUGUGUCUUAUACAACUCUUAUACUACACAAAAUUUUAACAAAAUCGAAAAUUUCGAGUAUUGAAAUGCAUUUAUCUUAAAAACUCCUUAAGAUAACCUACUUACAUGAUUCAACCACCCACUUUUCAACUUAUACUUUUUUGACUUUUUUCAAAUUCCCUAAAUUGUUUUAUAGCGCUCACGAAACCCUCAAAUCCCUUAACAAUAAUGAUAUAAUUAAAAAAAAAUUUAAGACCUACACAAAAUUGAUAUAUAUUUCAAAAAAUCAUAAAUAAUGUUUUCAUAAGCACCCUACUCGAAAAAUAUUUUCGAAAGUUUUAAUAUAAACUGUUCCAAAUCCCAAUUUCUGUGUAGUUGGUUAUACACUCUAAAAACUUGUUCCCUUGUCCUCGUAUUUUUUUCACCAUGUAUUAUGUAUUAUGUGCACUUUUCUCCAUUUUCUUAUCUCCAGUUCAAACUCGGUUCUAUUGUGCAUUGCUUCAACUUUGAAUUUUCAUCAUAUGAUUUAUUAAAAGUAAUGUUCUUAUUUUCUUUUUAUUUUCAAUUAUUUAAAAAAAAAAACGACUACAACCACUUUUACGACAUUUGUUACAACGAAAACAUUACAAUAAACAUACGAAACUAAAAACAACUAAACAAAUUAACCCUUACCAAAAAAAAUAAUCAAACAACUAUACACCAAAACUAGAUAAAGAAGUCACUAAAGAUGUAAAUAAUGAACGACGAUUUGUUCCGGGCUGGAUGUGGAACAUAGCCCGUUCCUGGUUCUAAUAGCAGCCU